CAACUUUCCGUGUGGAUUUUUAAUGCGCGAUUAUCACCUAAUAGAGUAUAAUUUUUUCAUUCCUAGGAACUUUUGUAUAUGUAUACAUAUACACAUUAUGUUUGACAGCGGGAAGCUCACAUUGCCUCCUCGCACCUCCGAGAAUAUAGCUAAGUAACAAUGAUUACAAGUAUGCGUACCUUGAAUACCUUAUAAAGAUAUUUCAGAUCUGAAAAUAGUUAUCAUGAUUUAGAGAAAAGGAAAAGGUGGAAGUUAAAAUUACAUUCUAUAUUGUAAAGUUUCCGGAAUAGCCGUUACGGGUGUAUGGAAUGUGUAAUUUAUAAAUUGAUGAGGUUAUAAGUUUUAUACUGUUCCGAGAUCAUUAAAGAAAUGAGAAAUUAAUGGCGAUAUUUUUAUUCAAGUGUACAUAUAUUAUUUGAAACCAAGUAAAAAUGAAGAUAAUAAUUUUGCUUCUGAAUUUGUGUAUUCUGCUAAUCCAUGGUGUAGAAUGUAUAUUGCCGCUCAUACCAAUCGGUGUUGGUUUUACCGGUGCUGGGAUUGCAGGAUAUUCAUACUUGAAAUGUCGUAUAUUUGAAUGCUGCGAUGAAAAGUCUGUACCAGCUGAUUUAACAUUGCUCAAUAAAUUGCUUACGGAGCAACUUUAUGGACAACAAAUUGCUCAUGAGACUGUACUGAAUGCCUUACGUGGACAUUUCCACAAUCAUGAACCUCCAAAACCACUUGCCCUAAGUUUUCAUGGGUUGUCUGGGAGCGGUAAAAACUAUGUGGUAUCUAUGAUUGCAAAAGCACUUUAUCAGAAAGGUGAACAGAGUGAACAUUAUCAUUUCUUCAAUGGACGUAUUGAUUUUCCAUUGGAGCGUAAAGUUCAGGAAUACAGGGAGCAGUUACUUCAACAUAUCACAGAAGCUUUAAAUAAAUGUGAUAAAUCACUAUUUGUCUUUGACGAAGUGGAUAAAAUGCCUGAAGGGCUAUUAAAUGUACUAGUACCUUUGCUGGACUAUCAGACCACAAGAAAGGGUGUUAAUAGGAACAAAGCAAUAUACGUGUUUCUAUCAAAUACUGGUAGCGUACAAAUAGUGAAACGGCUACUGGAGCUCUGGGAAGCUGGUAAGAGGCGCGAGAGCAUGACAUUACAGGACUUUGAAAAUUUGAUAGCCAUUGGCGCCUUCAAUGAGAGAGGUGGUUUUCAUAAGAGUGAUACGAUAGAAACUAGUGUGAUUGACCACUAUGUACCAUUUCUGCCUCUUGAAGAAGUACACGUUAUACGUUGUGUGGAAUUUGCCUUUAAAAAACGAGGUGUGACUCCCACAAGUGAAAUGGUAGAUGAAAUUAUGACACAUGUCACAUACGGCCCCGAACCUCACAAGCUCUACUCGAAGGCUGGCUGUAAACGGUUAGAACAAAAGGUUGCCAGUUUAGUGUAUCGAAAGAAGAAGCGUGAAGUUGAAACAAAAGUAUGAUAAAUAUUAACUAUCUAUUUAGAAUGUGGCAUGUAAUUUUGAUGAUAGAGUACAUCAAGUUUUAAAACCAUGCAAGGUACAACUGUCAUAAAUGAAUGAAAAGAAAACAGCUGUACUGAUUUGUAUAACGACUCGUUGAACAGCGAGUUUUAUUAAUAAUUCUUAUUGGCACGAUUGGAGAACACGUCUAAGAAGUUAAAAAUGUUAUAGAUGCUUUUUAUACUAAUAAUAAAGAGCCUACGCUCGUGUGUGCGUAAACGCUUAAA